AUGCUUGCUGCCGAGACGGCUCACGGCCAGAACCUCACGUGCCGUACACACAUCGACAGUCAGCAAUUAAUCUCCCAGGUUUACUGUGCUUUCUGUCCAGUCGCGCACACUAUGAAUUACAUUGCAAGCGCCUUCACUUCGAGGCCCAUUUCCGCAAAAUCUUUAAAAUCUGGGGUCAGUACACCGUCGAUAUUCGAAGAGACUGCCCUAGAUGACGGACGGCAAGAUUCAAGCCUUGAAACCCAAGCUACCUCUAUAGCAGAUUCAGAUAUAGCAUCUAAGAGGCGGAGAGCAUCCAGCAGAACUAGAACCAAGACUGCCUUUCGCCUUUGCCAUCCGCCUCCUGUCCGCAUCCACAAACAGCGUCUCCAUAUACGGCCGAGAGUGCUUCUACAGCUCCAGAAGCUCUCCAAAGCAUCCCGGCCGACUCCUGUCUUCGAAGUGCUACCUUCGGUUGUCUUCGCGCCAAGGCUUGCGAGGCGUUUCCCCCGCACUUUCAAAGGCAAAGCUGGUCUGGGCGCGGAUGACUUGGUGAUUGUCAGCAGUGAGAAUUACGAGGCGCAAGAGCGGCACUCUCAUGACGUUGACGAUUUGUUCGACGACAAAUGGGAUAAGCGGGAGAUCAUUGCUGCCAUCUGUCAACCAAGCAAAGACGACUACCCGUACGGUCAAGGAGAGACGGAGAUAUGCCUGAACCAUGGACCAUCCUGGACUGCUUCGCAGCGUAAGAAUGGCUCUUACGAGUUCGCAUCUACCGACGACUGCGGUAAUCAAACGUUAGCCAGGUGGGUACCCAAGCAGGCGAAAAGUGACCGGACAGCGUCCAUAUCAUCCGUGUCCGAGGAAAAGAAAUUCAAUUUUAGCAUACUCAACCCAAAGUCGCGUCGUCAUGCCGUUAUUGCAACUCUGGACUGUCAUACAAUAGAGGUUUCAGAUCAAUACUCCCAUCCGUCCACAAGCCUGAGCUCACAAGCUUCUUCCACGCCUACGACGUCCUCUUCCUCAGUUUCCGAAGAACCCCAGACGCCCUCCAUAAGAUCAAGCCUACCGGCUCGAGAUCCUGUAGAGGUGGACGACGCACUGAGAACACUUAUCACCAUCACUGGUAUCUGGGUAGCACUUCGAGAAGGCUUUUCACCAAACUUCAAGUACGGCCAAACCACGCAAGGUCUGCCAAUUAGCCCUAAUCUGGCUCCGGGUCAUAAGCAUCGAAGCCUGUCUCUCAACGCGAAUCAAUUCAAUAGCAAUCAGCUUGCGAUUCCCAAAAGCCCAAGUCACAGCUUAAGCAGUGCGAAAGGGACAAGGACCGGCCUUCAACACACCGUUUCGAACUCCACAGUACCACUGUCAUCUUACCCACCGUUUACUCCACCUCAAAGGUCUGUCUCCGCCGGUACCGCGUUUAUGCAGCGACUAUCUACGCGCAAAUCAUCCACGCCAAAGAUCAUCCAACUGAGCCCUGUUGGUGACCUUGAGGGUAGCGACACGGAGAAAGAUGCGUGUCGGGCGAAUGGGUCCCCUUUGCCGCGUUCAUCGAUGAGUUCCAGAGAGGGACGGGAUGUUUCUCUGGAACAAGGCAUUGGCGGUCUCGGUUUGGACUUUGGAGAUGGUAUUUCUCAGCCGACGAAAAGGGCGGCAAGAAGGUCCAGCAGCAGGAUCAGGAAGAUGUUUGGCCGGAGUCCCAAAGAGCGUGAUGUAUGA